GACUGAAUCCUAUCAGUGUUCGUGGUAAAAUGGCAGAAGCCAGAGUUGCAGUGGAUGUAAACGAGUUCAGCUGUGCAAUAUGUCUGGAUCUACUAAAGGAUCCAGUGGCUAUUCCCUGUGGACACAGUUACUGUAUGAGCUGCAUUAAGAGCUGCUGGGAUCAGGAAGAUCAUGUUGGAGUUUACAGCUGCCCCCAGUGCAGACAGACCUUCAUACCCAGACCUGUUCUGGGCAGAAACACCAUGCUGGCUGAAGUGGUGGAGAAACUGAAGAAGACUGGACUACAAGCAGCUGCUCCUGCUGACCAGUAUGCUGGACCUGGAGAUGUGGAGUGUGACGUCUGUACUGGGAGAAAACACAAAGCUGUCAAGUCCUGCCUGGUGUGUCUGGCCUCCUACUGUGAAACUGACCUGCAGCUUCACAACAAACUCCACCAUGCAAAACAGCACAAGCUCAUUGAUGCCACCGGCCAUCUGAAGGACAAGGUCUGUUCCCACCAUGACAAACCCCUGGAGGUCUACUGCCGUACCGACCAGCAGUGUAUCUGUUAUCUCUGUACGAUGGAUGAACACAGAGGCCAUGAUACAGUCUCAGCUGCUACAGGAAGGGCGGAGAUACAGAAACAAAUGGGUGAAAUACAGAGGGAAUUUCAGCAGAGAAUUCAGAUGAGAGAGAAGGAGCUGCAGGAGCUGAGAGAGGCUGUGGCCUCAUUCACAAGCUCAGCACAGUCAGCAGUGGAGGACAGCGAGAGGAUCUUCACUGAGAUGAUCCGCUCCAUUGAGAGAAGACGCUCUGAGGUGACAAAGCUGAUCAGAGAUCAGGAGAAGGCUGCAGUGAGUCAGGCUGAAGGAGACAUGGACAGACUGAAGCAGGAGAUCGAUGAACUGAAGAGGAGACACUCUGAGCUGGAGCAGCUUUCACACACAGAAGAUCACAUCCAUUUCCUCCAGAGGCGCCAGGCUCUUCCUGUCACUCCUGAAGCUGGAUUUGGACCCAGAAUCUCUGUCAGUCCCAGAUCUGAUUUUGGGAAUUUGAGGAAGGCGGUUUCUGAACUGAAAGAUCAACUGGAGAAUUUUUGCAGAAUGAAAAUGGCAGAGAUCCAUCACCAGUUACCAAAGACACCGUCCUACCAGUAUUAGUGCCCAGGACCAGAGCAGAAUUCUUACACUACUCCUGCCAGCUGACGCUGGACCCCAACACAGCAAACAGAGAAGUGUCUCUGUCAGGGGGGGACAGGAAGGUGACAGGGGGGGCAGAGCAGCCAUAUCCUGAUCAUCCAGAGAGAUUUGAC